GCGCACGAGGUAUUUACCCAUUUUAACCUGACCAAGUCUACCCUACAGUAUUGACGUAGAGGCUAUUGCGUGUAUGCUUUUAUUGUUUACAAUAAAAAUAAAUUUUUUGUGAUUUGGAACUUGUGAUCAGCGAUAAAUUAUUUUUCUGCAUUUUAAAUUAAAGUAAAAAAACAUGGCUUCUAAAAUUGAUGAAUUGAAACUGGACAUCGAUGAACUGAACAGUCUGCUAUUGCAAGCAAAAAGACAAAAAGUAAAAGAUGUGCUUACAAUUGAGGUUAGAAGACUUCAAACAGAGAUGACAAAAUUGAUGGAAGUUUCUAGAAACGAUGACAACAAAACUUCAAAACCGCCAGUUACCAAUAGUUCAAAAUGUUAUGAAGUUAAGUUGACAAAUUACGCAUGGGAUCAGUCAGAUAAAUUCAUAAAACUAUAUGUCACUUUGAAAAAUGUUCAGUCAUUACCUAAAGAGGCCGUAUACUGUGAUUUCAAGGAGAGAUCAAUGGACUUAAGAGUUAUGGGAUUGGAUAAUCGAAACUAUCAGCUGCCUAUUUCCAACCUCUGUGAAGACAUCGAGCCAUCAAAAAGUUACGUGAAAGUUAAAACUGAUAUGAUUGCUGUGUUCUUAUCUAAAAAAGCACCGAAAAAUUGGUCCCAUGUGACUGGAAUUGAGAAGAGAAUAAAGGAGUCGAAAAAUGCUACUACGAACACUGAUAAUUCCGACCCGGAAGCUGGGCUCAUGAAUAUUAUGAAAAAAAUGUAUCUAGAAGGUGAUGAUGACAUGAAGAGAACUAUUGCCAAAGCAUGGACUGAAAGCCAAGAGAAAAAAAAUGCCGGUUUUGAGGACUUCCCAUCAGUAUAAAUUUUUUCAAAUUUUAUAUUACUUUGUUAUUAAAAUAAUUCAAAUUAUUAAUUAUCGAUUCUUAUUUACAAUAAUAAUUAAAAUUACGAAUGCAUGUUAAGGACAUUUUCAGACAGUGUCCUCGAUUUUUUAAAAAUAUGAAAUGACUCAACUCUCAUCGUAUAGAAACUUAAUUAAUGAAUUAAAACAAAAUUAAAACCUUAAUUGAAAAAAAGAACAGUUGAAAUUUUAAAAAAAUUAAUUGAAGUUGUCAUCAAUUAGGAGUUUAAAAAAUUUUGAAAAUUAUACAAUUGACAUGUAGAUUUUACUAAAAUUUAUUUUCCAAAUUUCGUUUAACUCCCGAUUGAUGUCAAUUGUAAGUUUUUUUAAAUUCUAUAUCAGUAAAAUUGUCCUUUUUUCAAAUAAGAUCUUAAUUUUUUUUUUUUUUAAUUGAUAAAAUUUUUAUACGAUUGACAAUAGUUAUUGAAAACUUUUAAAAAGCGCGGGCACUGUUUGAAAAUGGUCUCAAUUAUUAAUUUAAAUUUAGUUUUUUUACUUUCAUAAAAUAAUGCAGCUCAGAAUCGGAGAUCAAAUCUUUUAGUUUUUUUUUUUUUUUUUUCUUUAAAAAUAUUAAACGUAUCAUUUGAAAUUUUAUUAUACUUUUAAAGGUCAGAGGUUGAUCUGUACUAUAUAAUAAUAAUAACCUUCGUGUAACUGAACUAUUAUUACAUCUGGAGCGCGCAUGAAAACGUCAUAUUUAAAAAUAUAUGUUUAUCUUUAUAUGUUGGAAAUAAAUAAAUUUUUAGAUAAUUA